CAACCGCAACCAAGCCCCGAAAAAAUUCCUAAGCGAAUUUCUUGAGUAGCGACAUCCAUCGAGAGAAAUCAACCAACUCCCAUCACCAAAAUAACUUUCUCUCGCGAAACCACAACACCGAUAAGAUGGGUCACGCCGCAGGUCUUCGCGCUGGCACUCGAUAUGCCUUCUCUCGGAACUUCCGACAGAAGGGUAUGAUCCGCCUGUCUACAUACCUACACCAGUACAAGGUUGGCGACAUCGUUGACAUCAAGGCAAAUGGUGCUGUUCAGAAGGGUAUGCCUCACAAGGUCUACCACGGCAAGACCGGUGUCGUCUACAACGUUACCAAGUCGGCAGUCGGCGUCAUCAUCUACAAGAAGGUGAAGCACCGGUACAUCGAGAAGCGAGUCAACAUUCGCAUCGAGCACAUCAGCCGAUCCCGAUCAAGAGAGGACUUCCUCAAGCGCGUCAAGCAAAACGCCGAGCUCAAGAAGAAGGCCAAGGCCGAGGGAACCACUCUUACCGUUAAGCGACUGGCUACCCUCCCCCGUGAGGCGCACACCGUGUCCAUGAAGGACAACCAACCCGAGACAGUUGUCCCUAUCGCGUACGAGACGACCAUCUAAGGAAGGGGAAAGGUGAUGGAUGGAUGCGGCGGUCGCGUGGUGUUUCUGGGUUCUUCUGCCGGUUGCUCUUUUCUCAUUGCAUUAGGGGUUUUUCGCGUGGCCAGGAAUCUCAAUCUUCUGUGCAUGGCAAGGCAUGGAGGGACAUAGGCACAGCCUGGAGGAAUGACAAAAAUAUACCAAUGCUAACAAUGCUGCUCUGAUACGUGACAGGUCUUAAUAUCGUAUAGCGCGAAAAACAUAUCUUGAUCCUAGGUAACCAGUAAAGAGUUCCGGAUAUUCGAGGCUAUAGUCGUCUACAUCCCCUCAUGUCAAUAUUCGAGUGGAACUGGGCUCUCCCUAGAGAGACAUCGAAAUUGCUACAGCUCCAUUAGCCACUAAUCCACAUAAUGGACGGACGGACGAGUCUACUAUUCUACUAUUAAUAAGUAGAAAUUACAUACUGGG